GCCUGUAUCUGUUUCUUUAAGAAGCUUUGACGGAAAGCGGAAGACAGCUUUGUCGUUCCCAUGAUUCAACGCAAAAACUACAAGAUUGGGUCAACACACAGCACAGCACAACAGUGAACUGUCAAAGUCUUACAAUAAUCAAGGCGUGUAAAGAUAUCGAGAAUAUCCAACUGUCUUUACAAUGCCCGCGCCAGUUCAAAUCAAUAUAUCUUGCAUGGUAUUUGACGCUUGAAAAUUCUGUGAUAAAAUGAAUCUAAAGAAGAGACUGUCCAUGCCUAAGGGCCAGCCAGGAGCAUGCCACUGAUCUUUUUCGCCUUCGUGGCGCGGGUCGGAGAUGGGCUCCCACUCUCGGCCUCAACAGACUUCCAGCACAACCGGGAGCUGCAGGAGCGCAAGCAGCAGCUGAAGGUCAUCUCCAAGUCACUGGCACUCUUCCCAGAGCGAGGGACAGUCAAGGGUCAUGACCUCCACAUCUACUUCCUGUCAACUGAGGGUGUGUCCUACAUGGCGGUGUGCUCCUGCCGGCUCCCUGCCGCCAUGGCCUUCUGCUUCCUUGAGGACGUCCGCUGGGAAUUCUCAGCCCGCUUCGAUGGCUCGGCGGUCGCCCUGGCAAGCAGGCCCUAUCCGUUCCUGGAAUUCGACAACAUCAUUCAGAAGCUGAAGCAGCAUUAUAACCAGAGUGGUGGGCCCUCGUUAGGGGUGACCCUAGCGGAGGUGCAGGACGAACUGAGGGUCAGCCCUCCCCAAAUCGUCAACCUGGAGGACGUACAGCUCGGCAACGGAGCCGCCAAUGGCCAUGCUGAACAAGUGCCUGGAACUGGGCCUAACCAGAGACUGGAGCCAGUGUCGGCCCCAGGGAUCCUUUCUCUAGUGCUCAACAUCAUGUGUGCCGCCCUUAACCUUAUCAGGGGCGUCCACCUUAUUGAGUAUACUUUCCAGGAUGACUAUGAUGGCAUAUGGAAUGUAGUUGCCUUUCUUUUGGCUUUUCUUUGCUGUGUUUGCCAGUGUCAGCUUUACCUAUUCCACUCCUCUCUGAAGAGGCUCAAGGCCUUCACCCUCCUGACCCUCAUCAUCUUGUGCAACGGCUUCUUGUUCGGGCUGAGGAACGUUUGGCAACUGACCUUCCAUGUGUCUGUGGCCUGCCUCUCCACAGCCCUCACCCUCACCAGGAAACUGCAGGACAGGAUGAGUGACUGUGGCGUCUGAGAGCCGUAAUGGCCGCCAGCUAACCCAGAGUGCAGGUGGGGAGAAGCACCCAUAUCAGACAUUGGAUUUAUUGCAAUAUAAAGGAAUGGAUGUGUUUUUGCUUUUUUGUUGGAAGAGUUGGUUUUGGUUGUGUGUUGACAGUGCACUGAAAUCAACGGUGUUGUCAUCAACUGGUGUGCGUGUGUGCGUGCGCGCGUGCAUGUGUGUGAUGUUUGACCUGAGAUGGCACACGUUGCCAAAAUGACAUGGUUUGGACUUUGUAGUCAUGAAAGUUGCCGUUGCCAGUACCAAGGGCUAAGUACCAACACAACUUAGGGCUAGGAGGUGAUAAAGGGAUUUUGAAUGGUAUCUUGACAAGUCUAGGCAUAGGUGAGCGGUGCCGUUGAUGAAGGUUGAACAGUAUUCCAUCCAAAUAAUUUCAGUUUUACUGAAACACCAGGCAAGGAGCCUGCUUUUAAUUGGUUUACAGGGUUAUGAAGCAACGUAGAUUGGUAGUAUAAGAUUUGCACUAGGAUUGUGGGUUUUUGUUUUGUUAAUUUAUUCCAUUUCAACUCAUCCAAUGCAAUUUUGUUAUUAAAAUCUUUAUUUGUCUUAUAAUGAUGUGUAAGUAAGUAGCUACAUACUUAUGUAAUUAGUAAUUUUGUAAUUUUGAUAAUGUUUCAUGUAUAACUGUUUGUAGAUGAAUUUGCAAGAGGUCUUAAUACUCCUUUAAUGGUAUAACUCAGUAUGCCUAAGCUGGUGUGUUUGUGGCUGACAUAAGCUCGACUAGUUUAGAAUAGCUUUUGCACUUAGUCAUUGUUUACAAUAUAUCAGUCUCUGAUAGCGAGGUUUAUAAUUUGUUAUUGUGAUUGAAAGUUUAUUUGAUAGCCCUGGCCUAUACGUCCCCUACUUUACCAUGUUUCUGUGGUCAGUACACAAUCAUGAAAAAAACCUGUGUGAUGACCCAUAGUACAGUUCUCUGAGGGAAGGCCAGAGAAGCUAGAUUACAAUGAUAUGUGGUAAAUAUUACUGUUGCAGGCAACUGUACAUGUAUGACCCUGUGUUGUGACAAUGGUAUUAAGUGGAAACACGGUUAAUAAUAUACAAUGUCUGUGCAGUUAACAAUGUGUAUGGCUUGGCAACAAUAUUGAGCAGUGAACCGUUUUAAUGUCAUGUCUUCUCUUUGCUACAAAGAUAGAUUUUGUUUGCUGAAGAUCAGUGCAGCUCAGAACAUUGAUAUCCAGAGGUGGACUAAGUACACAAUUCCCUUACUUAAGUGAAAGUAUAGAUACACCUUGUCAAAUAUUACUCCAAUACAAGUGAAAGUUGCUAAGUCAGAUUUUUACUUAAGUUGAAGUACAGAAGUAUUUGCUUUUAAAAAUACUUAAGUAUUCAGAAGUACAAGUUGUCCUUUUUUAUGUAUUGUAAUGUAAUGUUUAUUUGGUCAGUAAUAGGGUAUACAUCCUUUGGUCAGUCAUAGGACUUGAACAGACCUUUAGUUCCUUACAUCCAACAAAAACAUUUGGCCUAUUUUCAUAACUUUGCAACUGUUUAAAUGGAUGCAACAAUAUAAUUUAAAUAAAGGUUGAAUUCACAAAUCUAAAACAUUUUCACCACUAAACACAAAACCAGAUAACUCAAUUAUGAGUAGUAGAUUAUUUAUCGUUUAAUGAUGUACACUAAACAUCUAGCUAUGUGGUGAAUGUCAGGUGAUUUCAUUCCAAUUUCACAAUUAUCUUGGAGGAUAGCCUGGUUAACACCACCACUUAUCAAAUCUCAUUUGCUAACAGGUUUGUCUGGGUUCUCCCAGACUAUAUGGACAAUGUUCUGAUGAAGAAUCUGUUGUCAACAUCAUUACCAUAGGCAAUUCAGCUAAGUUCAAAUUGGACUAUUGAAAAAAAUGAACUUCAAGAUUGUUUUUCGCAUUAUUGCAUUCAAAGAAUCAAAUGUGGUUAAAAGUAACAAGUAGGCUACUCAUGCUAAUAUUUCAAAAAUAGUGGAGUCAAAAGUACAGUAUUUGCCUUUCAAAUGUAGUGGAGUAAAAGUCACAAGUUUCCAAAAAGAUUAAUACUCAAGUAAAGUACAGAUACUCAAACAUCAUACUUAAGUAAUCAUGUAAAUAUUCUUAGUUACUGUCCACCCCUGUUGAUAUCAUUGUGAUGUUGAAGGACAGAUAGGAGUAAGAUAAGAACAAGAUAAAAGAUUAAUCAGGUAUAACUGCUAGAAUGUACCUUCUGAGAGUUCAUCUGAAAUGAUAGCUGGCCAAUCUCUUGCCAGAGAGAGUGAGAGUGACUUAUUAGUUGUGGGCAAGGUUAAAAGGACCAAACUUACUUUUCCAAUUGACACAAGUUCAAUUGAUAGAAUGAAUUCAAUUUAUACAAAAAAAAUGCUGCGCUCAAAGAUCAUACUUGACUUAAUCAGAAGAUAUCACUUUUCUUUAAGAUCUGUGGUUGACAGUUCAAUUGACAUUGUAAUGUUCAAUUAACAUUAUAUAUUUUCUUCUGUAAAUGAUGUGAAGUCUGUGGUUCACCAGACCAUUUGGACAAUUUAACUUUUCAACAUUUUAUUACCACUGCAAAAGGAGACAAUGAGAAAGACUAAAACAAGGUUUAAACUCUCCAAUUAUAGCACAUAUUUGCUUACUCUUCAAGCAUGGCAAAUUGAGUACUACUGUUUGUUUUUACACUGUUAUCAUGUAAUGGCUUAUCACACCAAUGUUAAAUCAGUAUACUGAGGGGCUGUUAAUAUUACAAUAAUCUGCACCGUCAUUUCAGAACAGUUCCUCAUGGUAUUCUUGCCCAGAGCAUGGUUGUAUAACAAAAGAUAGUAGCAAUGCUCGCCAUUAAGCUCAAGGUAUAGACAUGAAAGACACUGGGUUGUGUGACUGGGGGCUUUUUUUAUGGGUGCUUAAUAGUGAAAGGCUGCAUAUUUGUUAAACUUUCAUUAAUAAUUUAGCAAAAGACCUCAAGCCAAGCUUAGCCUAGCGAUUUCAUGAUGUGUUUCUAAUCAAUGAAGGAAAUGGUUUUGAAGGAGAUGAUGGGUCUUUUUUUAUAUUGCAUUAGAAGUAUAGUUUCAGCAUAGACAAAACUGUAAAUUAUGAUGUCUUAAAGCUACACUCUUCAAAUUAUUGCAUUUCCCAAGAUCCCAUUCUCAGUAAAUCUAAUGCUAAAUUAUACUUGUUAUAAUAAGUUAUAUUCUUGCACUGCUCUUUUAAACUGUUUUACACUGCAAAAAAUGAAUUCUAACCAAGUGUUAUUGUUC